AGAACCAUCUCCCUCUUUCUCACUCUUCUCUAUAUAUACAGUUACACGCAUGUUCAAACAAGAUUUCUAGGGUUGUUUGCUCAUCUCUGAUAAUUACAUGCUACUGCGAUGCCGGGUUUCGGGAAUGUUCCUCUCAUGUCGUCUCUCACUCUUACUCGCUGCCCUAACUUGAAACUGGUUUUUGCCGAUUCGGCGGAUUCAGGCGAGUCUCCUUGCCAUGACUUGGUCAAGACCCCAGCCGGGGAAUGUAAUUUGGACCAGGGAGACCUGCAGUUACCAUCAAUGGAGAAAUUAGAGGAGGAGGAGGCUUGCAAUGGGGACGGGAUUAAAGUCCUAAAGGCGAAGCCGUGGUUCACUGUGUCGAGCCAAGAAGGCGGAGAAUGACAGGGUUUGAUGGAUCACGUGAAGGACUGGGUGGAGAAGAAAGUGGAGUCAGAAGUUCGAUCACAGUGUUUUCUUCCCUUUCUGUGGGCUCCAAGAAAAAUGGUUGAAUGUCUUGCUUGCCAUAAGCUUAUCAACCCGGGAGAGGAGCUGUUAUGCACUGUUCGUGGAUGUCAAGGAACUUAUCACUCAGUCUGUGCAAAGGAUAAACUUGGCAUCUCUAAUCUGAAAAAGUUCAAGUGUCCACAACAUGAAUGCUUCGUUUGCAAACAGAGGGUAAAAUGGAGAUGUGUGCGAUGUCCAGUAGCUACACAUGAUAAACAUGCUCCAUGGCCAGAUGAAGUGAUUCAUUUGGAAAGUCAACCUGGAUCAGCUGUUUGCUGGAAGCACCCAAUGGAUUGGCGACUAGAUAGGAAGCAUGCAGUUGCAGGGACAAAGAUAGAGGAAGUAUUUUGCCAAUUGCCUCUACCAUAUGAAUAUGAAGAGUUCAAGAUUGAUUUUAUGUCGAAGGACUUGAUGAACAAAGGAGAGCCGCCUCCAUAUGUGCACAUUAGGCGCAAUAUCUAUCUAGUCAAGAAGAAGCGUGAUGAUGCCAAUGAUGAUGUGGGAUGCACAAAUUGUAGCACACCAUGCUUGGAGGAUUGUGUGUGCAGAGUUCAAUGCAUAAGCUGCUCUAGGGCUUGCCGUUGCUCAGAGAACUGCACCAACAGGCCAUUUCGUAAGGAGAAGAAGAUAAAGAUUGUUAAGACUUUGCUUUGUGGUUGGGGAGUAGAGGCAGUUGAACCCAUAAAUAAAGGAGAUUUUAUAAUUGAGUAUACUGGGGAAGGUAUUCAUUUGCUUUUAUUAGCUAUUUUCACCUAUUGA